GGGCGAGCACCCGGCUCGGAGCUGCCCGCCGCCCGCAGGUGCCAUGACGGGGCAGCCGCAGGCCAGCUUCGACCGGAGCUUGGCGGACGCCCGGGCCUGGAUGGAGGCGGUGCAGGAGCGGCUGCGGCUCAACGACGACACGCAGGGGCCCCGCGCGGCGCUGGAGGCCAGGCUGCGGGAGACCGAGAAAAUCUGCCAGCUGGAGCCAGAGGGGAACAUGAAGGUGGAGCUGGUGUUGCGAGCGGCCGAGGGCCUCCUGGCCUCCUGCCCCGACUCCAAGAGGCCCGAGGUCCUGGCCCAGCUGGGGGCCAUCAAGGCCGAGUGGGAGGAGACAACCACCUACAUGACGCACUGCCACAGCCGGCUCGAGUGGGUGUGGCUGCACUGGAGCGAGUACCUGCUGGCACGGGACGAGUUCUACUGCUGGUUCCAGAAGAUGGAGGUGGCGCUGGCGCCCCCGGCCGAGCUGCAGCUGGGCCUGCGCGAGAAGCAGUGGCAGCUCAGCCACGCGCAGGUGCUGCGGGACCACGUGGGCCAGCAGGCCGCGCUCCUGGAGCGGCUGCUGGAUGAGGCGGCCGCCCUGUUCGACAGGAUCGAGGACCCCAGCGUGGACGAGAGCGCGCAGAAGCAGAUCCAGGCCCAGUACAACGCGGUCAAGGCCAAGGCCCAGGACAGGGUGGAGGUGCUGGAGCAGAUAGCCCAGGAGCAUGCGCACUUCCAGGCCGGCGUGGAAGAGUUCCAGCAGUGGCUGAAGGCCUCCGUGGACAAGGCGAACAGCUGCCUGGGGCCCGACUCCACGCUGACCACCAAGCACCGCCUCCUGGCGCUGCAGGACAUCGCCGAGGGCUUCCCCCGCGGCCAGGAGUCUCUGAGCAGGCUGGAGGAGCUGGCUGUGGGAGUCAUCCGCAACACCUCCCCACUGGGCGCCCAGAAGAUCAGUGAAGAGCUGGAGAGGAUGCGGAAGCUUCUGGAGAAGCUGCUUCACCUCUCCGAGGAGGAGCAGGGCCGGCUGCGGGAAGCGCUGGAGUCGGAGGGAGCCUGGGAGCGGCAGGCAGGGCGGCUGGACGCCGAGCUGGCCGAGUUCAAUAAGGUCUUGCAGAGGCUGGCCGAGGAGGGCCUGCAGCCCGAGGCCACGCACGCCGGGACCACAGAGUCCGACACUGAGGACUGCUCCGAGGACGAGCUGUUGGCCCGCUGGAGACGCUUCUCGGCCUUGCGGGCGGCGCUGGCCGCCGAGGAGCCCCGGGUGCAGCAGCUGGAGGUCCAGCUGAAGGAACUCACCAGCCUGCCCCACGGCCUGGACCCAGAGUCGUUCUCCAGAGCGGUGGUGACUGUUGUCCAGGAGUUCCAGAGACUGAAGCGGAAAGGCACGCGGCUGCGCAAUGUCGCGGCCAGUGGCCUGUGGCAGCGUUUCCAGCGGCACCUGGAGGGGCUGCAGCCGUGGAAGGACCUGGCCCAGAAGCUCCUGGACGUCACGGCCAGCCUGCCUGACCAGGCCUCCAUUCACACCUUCCUGCCCCAGAUCGAGGCCAGCCUGGCCGAGAGCUGCUACUUGAAGGAGCGGCUGCUGAUGCUGCCACUGCAGGCUGAGCUGCUGGACAGCGUGUUCGGCCGGGAGCGAGCCAGAGCCCUGCUGGAGCACGCGACCAGCUCCAUGCGGGACCGAGACCUGCUGCACAACAGCCUCCUGCAGAGGAAGAGUAAACUGCAGACUUUGCUUGCACAGCAUGAAGAUUUUGCAGCUGCUUUCCAGUCCCUGAAGGAGAAGUUUCUGGACCUCCAAGCCAGGAUCCAAGCCAAUGAGGGGCUUCAGCAGGACCUUCCUGGGAAGCAGAUCCAGCUUUUGAAGUUGCAGGGGCUGCGGGAAGAGGCGCUGGAUCUGUGGGCGCAGCUGGAGGCCACCAGACCCUUCAUCCAGGGGAACCGCCAGCACCAGCACCAGAUGGACCAACUGUCCAUUGACUUCCAGGCCCUGCAGAGAUCUCUGGAGGGCCUGGUGGACACCUGCCAGCAGAGCGUGCGCACACACUGCACCUUCAGUCACCAGCUGCAGGAGCUGCGGCAGUGGGUGGCCGUGGCCACGCAGAAGCUGGGGUCACACGGCGAGGACACGGAGGCGUGGGCUGCCGAGCCCCGAGAGGCCGAGGUCGAGGGGCUGCUGGCUGAGUUCCCUGAGAAGGAGGCGCACCUGUCGCUGCUCCGGGGACUCGGCCGCCAGGUGGUGGACUCGUCCUCGCCGGCAGGGGGCGCGCUGGUGCAGGAGGAGCUGCGGCAGCUGCAGGAUGCUUGGGGCGCGCUGAGGAUGCAGGAGGAGCGGCUGCUCAGCCUCCUGCGGAACCCCCGGCGGGGCGCGGGAAAGGGGCCGCCGCCCAAGACCAUCUUCACCAACAGCAUCCCCAAGGAUGGGUUUCUCCUGGACCCGGUCCGGCCAGUUCCCCGGCCUGCCGGGCGGGUGAGUCUCCGGGAAGAUGCUGACGGCUGUGGGGGGCUUCCCCAGCUCCUGAGAAGCUUCCAGCAGUGGCUGCAGGCAGAAAAUGCUGAGCUGGCUAAAAUUGCCGCCACAAGAUCAGAGACAGCCAAGGACAUGAGGAUCCAAGGGACGAGGCUGCAGGAGUUGGAGACGCGGAUGCUGGAAGGCCAGCAGCUCUUUGAGAACCUCCUUCGCCUGGGGCCCGAGGGCUGCUCCCGGGAGGAGCUGGAGGACCUGCGCUACCAGUGGAUGCUGUACAAGUCCAAGCUGGAGGACGCCGGCCACCUGCUGACGCAGACUCCUCCAGGGCAGCCGUCCGGAUUCCAGGAGACGCAGAAGGCGCGGCGGCCGCGAGGCGUCGGCUCCUUCUCGCAGCGCGUGUGGUGCACAGCGUUGCCCCUGCAGCUGCUCCUGCUGUUCUUCCUGCUGCUGCUGCUGCUGCUGCCGGCCGGGGACGAGCGUCGCAGCUGCGCGCGGGCCAACAACUUUGCGCGCUCCUUCCGGCUCAUGCUCCGCUACAGCGGACCCCCGCCCACCUAGAGCCCGUGCCCG